AUGUCUCGUGCUCCAAAGCGUCAGCGCUACACACUUGAGGAAGACAUUCAGGCCCAAACUGAGGCACGGGGCCUGGUGGGUGCACAGGUUCCAGCAGCUGAGGAGGAGGAGGAGUCCUCAUCUUCCUCUUCCUCCUUCAGCUUGUCCUCCUCCUCCUCAUCUUCUCCUCUGAACGUGGGCACCCAGGAUGAGGAAGAGGUGCCUGCUGCUGUGACACCAACUACUCAUCAGAGUCCUCAGAGAUCCUUCUCCUUCUCCACUUCAUUGAGCACCUCACAUGAGGACUCCAGCAGCGCGGAAGAGGAGGAAAGUCCAAGCACUGCUCAGACCUCGGUAGGCACGGAGUCCUCGCCCAGAGAUCCGCUAGAAGAGAAGGUGACUGAUUUAGUGGAGUUCCUGCUCCUCAAGUAUCAAAUGAGACAGCCCAUCACAAAGGCGGAAAUGCUGAACACUGUGAUCAAAAGGUACAAGAAUCAAUUCACUGUGAUCUUCGAGAGGGCUUGUAAGUGCAUGGAGGUGGUUUUUGGUGUUGAUGUGAAAGAGGUGGAUCCUACCAUCCACUCCUAUGCCCUUGUCAACUCACUGGAUCUCACCUAUGGUACGAUGCUGAUUGAUGAGCAGAGCAUGCCCAAAAAUGGCCUCCUGAUAAUUAUUCUGGGUAUGAUCUUCCUGGAGGGCAACUGUAGCUCUGAGGAGGAGAUGUGGGAAUUCCUUAAUAUGAUGGGAGUGUAUGCUGGGAGGGAGCAUUUUAUCUAUGGGGAGCCCAGGCAGCUCAUCACCAGAGACUGGGUGCAGGAGAAUUACCUGGAGUACCGGCAGGUGCCCAAUAGUGAUCCUGCCCGCUAUGAAUUCCUGUGGGGUCCAAGAGCCCAUGCAGAAACCAACAAAAUAAAAGUUCUAGAAUUUUUGGCCAAGAUCAAUGGGACUGAACUCAGUUCCUUCUCGCCCUGGUAUGAGGAGGCUUUGAAAGAUGAGGAAGAGAGAGCUCAAGCCAGAAUUGCCCCCCUGGAUAGUACUACUGCUAUGUGUGUUGCACAGCAUUGUCCAGCAGCCUCUCCUGCCCCAAAUAAAGACUGA